ACGGAAUGAGCGCAGGGAUGUCCGCUCCGACUCCGUAUCUCUCUCACCUGAGUAGCAGCGACUAUGAGAGGGUGUACGAACCUGCAGAAGACACAUUCCUGCUGAUGGAUGCAUUAGAGAGCGACGUGGACUUCCUAGCGUCCAUAAGCCCUACAUUUUGUCUCGAGGUAGGCUCUGGAAGUGGCACGGUCAUCACCUUUCUAGCCAACCUCAUUCCCUCUCCAAAAUAUCUAUGGGCAGUUGAUAUAAACACACAUGCUUGUCUCUGCAGCUUGAAAACUCUCCAUAAAAACAAUAUAACUACCUCUGAUGUAGUGGCAAUGGACCUGGCUACAAAUUUUACAGACAGGAUGGCUGGAAAGAUUGAUGUGCUACUGUUCAAUCCACCGUACGUAGUGACACCCUCUCAAGAGGUAGGUGGAACAGGUAUAGAGGCAUCAUGGGCUGGUGGAAAAGAUGGCAGAGAGGUAAUAGAUAGGUUUCUGCCAAGUGCAGGGGCAUUGCUCUCUCCGUGUGGUGUACUAUAUCUUGUGCUACUGGAACAGAACUGCCCAAGUGAUGUCUGUGAACGGUUGGCUGGAGAUGGGCUCACAUCUGAACUUAUUAUCAGUCGAAGAACUGGCACUGAGAAACUCCACUCUAUGGACCUGCGAGUACUGUUCCAGAGACAGAGUAAAACGGCCAAAGAGGGAAAGGACAAAAAAACGGCAGUGGUGUUGGAAGACGAUGAAGAUGAUUUCAGGAGAGCCUCAGUUGACUCGGGAUCAGGGACCAAGAGAGGAAAGACGGAGGUUGGGGAGACGAAGAGAAAGAGACGUAGAAAGAGGAUCAUGGAUUCAGAUUCAGAAGACGAAGCUCCCAAGAAGAAGGUAAAGGCCACGCCCCCUAGAUUGGGGUCAAAGGUCAAGUCCCACUCGGCCGUGGCAGGGAAGUCAAAGGUCAUUUCACCCACGGCUGUGAGAGGCAGGUCAAAGGUCAAGUCAUCGUUGGCGGUGGGAGUGAAGAAGGAGGUUAAGAGUGCGACGGAUUUCUUUGGUUCAGCGCCAGUGAAGAGGAGUCCUUACUUCAAGUCUUCCAGUGACGAAAAGCGGAAAGAUGAGGAGGUUGUGCGAGUGUCUGAGUCUCCCACUGAACCUCCAGAUAACCACCACUCCUCUGUUUCACAGUCCGAAGGGCCGUCUCAACCUUCCUAUACUGCCACUCCAACCAAGAGACUCAGUAUUGAGGUGACCAGAAUUGCCACCCCUCCGAAAAUGUCGUCGCCUCGUCCGCAGUCGAGGGAUGGGGGAGACGGACACGGAGAGAGAGAGGGAGGGAAGGAGAAAGAGGGAGUGAGGAGAUCGCCCCGUAAGAAGACGAAAAGAGGGAGGUUGAGGGAGGAAGAGACUGAGGAAGCGAGAGAGAGCGAAACAACAAGUUCAAAGUCAGACUGUGACGUGUGUGGCAAGAAAAUCUGCAAGUGUGCCCAGAAAACCAAGAAAGUCAAGUCGGAAACAUCCGAGAAAAGCAUCGAGGAACGGAAGGAAAGGGCAGUUCGCACAAAACCCCCCAAAGCCCGCAAAGUCAUCAAGUACCUGGACGACAGUGAGGAAGAAGAGAGAGACAAGAAAGAAGAUUUUUCAAAGGCCAAGAAACGGGGCAAGAGCAGUGUGAAGAAGGAUAAAGAUGAGGAGAAGGAGAGAGGUGAAAAACGGAGAGAGAAGGAUACGGUCGAUCCUCCGAAGUCUUUCAAGAAACGUCAUGAUAGUGGGGAUGAAUCAGUGGGGAAGGGGGGUGGAGGAGGGGGAGACGUGAAGAAAAGAGAACAGGCGGUCCUCACGACAAGCGUUUCGUCUUCUACCCUCGCCUGCAUUUCCCCUCGUAAGCCAGGGGCGUCCCCACGGCGACAGGGGACACCCGAGAGGGAGGACUACCUUGUAAAGCAACCCGGACUGACAUUUGACAAAGACAAAUCAGCCUCUCCCGUGAAGACUCCAAAGAAGAAGAUUGAAGAUACGCGGCAUGAAAAUGUUGUGGUGCCCACUCUGACUAAACAGGUUUCUACUCCAGUCAAACCAGUUUCAAAGACGUCUCCAGUAAAACAGGUUUCUACUCCGGUUCAACUGGUUUCGAGACCCCAAGCUCCACCCACUAAAACAACAACUCCUUCCUCGGGACCCCGCCCGGGUGGCGGUACCACACCCGGGACAACGCCCAAAGUGUACCGGGGCAGCAGUUACCGUAGCUACAUGAAUCGAAGUGGUCCGAAGGCUCCGGGGUCAAAGGUGGUUCCGAAGGGGGAGGAGAACUGUUUCGAUGGUUUGACAUUUAUCAUCACUGGAGUUCUGGAGAGUCUGGAGAGAGAGGAAGCAGCUGACAUCGUCAAGAGGUAUGGUGGUAAAGUGACGACAAGUCUCAGUAGGAGGACCAGCUAUCUGGUGGUGGGAGAAGAGGCAGGAGAGUCCAAACUAGCUAAGGCAGCUCAGCUGGGUACAAAGAGAAUCGACGAGGACGGGCUGCUAGAGCUGUUGAGGACUCGUCCGGGGAAGAAGGCUGCUGGUGGGCGUUGCUCCGUGAAACGCCUGGCAACCACCUCCAGGAAAUCCUCCUCAUCGUCCUCGCCCCCGGGGGCCAGAAGGUCAACGAGGGGGGCGAAAUUCGGGUCCAAGUCGCCCCCCUCGGCCACUGUCAGAGGCGACGACAUCAUAGCCACGCCCAACAGGAAACAUGUGACUACUACCGUUGCCAUGGCAACACCGUCACCGGGUGGUGCAAACAGUUCGACUGAAACGCCUAAGCCACAAAAGAAUGGUGACCUGAUGUGGGUAGACAAGUACAGGCCGAGGUGUCUGAAGAACGUCAUUGGACAGCAGGGAGACAAGAGCAGUGCCAGGAAACUACUCAGGUGGCUAAUGGACUGGGAAAAGAACCGUAGUAAAGUGAAGGGUGGUGCGGGCGGAGGGAAGAAAGGGUGGGGCGGAGCUAGCCAAGGAGAUGGGGCGGGACUCCGAGCUGCUCUGCUGUCUGGACCACCCGGUGUUGGCAAGACGACGACUGCCGUCCUAGCCUGUGAGGUAUUACAUAAUCUGUCGGUGUGGACUGCGACAGACAAGAACAUGGACUAUGACAAGGCGAAGGAGACCGCUAAAUCUGCAAAAAAGGAAUCAAAAUUGAAUCCGUUUGAUGUGAUAAAAUUGGUGUUCAUGCCAGUUGACGGAAGUAGAGAGCUGUCCCUAGCUGAAAGGUCGGACCUGUUUUUCCACGACUACAGUCUGGCGCCACUGUUUGUGCAGGAGAACUACCCUUCAGUCAGACCACUGCAGGCAAAAGGAGACGUGAAACAGACGCUGAGACUGUUGGCAGAGACUGCGGACUGCGUCAGCGACGGAGAUAUCGUAGAGAGGAUGAUCAGGAGUGCCUCCCAGUGGGGUCUCUUACCUGUCCAGGCCAUAUUCUCCAGUGUCCUACCGGGUCAGCUAAUGAGAGGAGGUAUGGGACGACCAGAGUUCCCUCGUUGGCUUGGCAACCACUCCGCACGAGGCAAGAACGACCGACUUCUUCAGGAGCUGCAGAGGCACACUAGACUCAGAACAUCGUGUAACAAGACAGAAUUCGGACUGGACUACCUCCCCGUUCUUCACUCACGACUAACCCAGCCCCUCCUCUCUCAGGGAGGUGAUGGUGUACCGGGAGUGGUUGCCAUGAUGACGACCUAUGACCUCGUCAGGGAGGACUGGGAUUCCAUUGUGGAGUUGAAUCAGUUCAGCGGUCGACCGAACAAGAUCUCAGAACUCCCCUCCAAGGUGAAGGCAGCAUUCACUAGGACAUUCAACAAGGAGCAUCACAAGACGCAUUACGGCAUCCGUGAUGCCAAGAAAUCCCGUGUCGCCUCGACGACAGAUUACCACGACAACGACAACGAAGAAGAGGGUCCCGAUUCGGAACCGGAAUCGGACAGCUACUCGGAUCGCAUGCUGAAGACGAAGGAGACGUCGACGCAUCGCAUCGUCGUCAAGAGCAACCAAGAGAGAGGGAGGGGGAGGAGGAGGGAAGGGGAAAGGUGUGGCUGGCAAAAAACCAUCAGAAAAAAGGCAAAACAAAGAAAUGAGAUUUCCAUGAACACUCUCUAUGUUCACCAUUAUACAUAAUAUAUAUCUUAUCAGUUCAUCAUGUU